CGGCGAGCCUUGCGGACUGCAUCGGAGAAGCUGAAGAGUCGGACGUCCUUCUCGGCCACAGCCGUGCAGCACUCCCCAGCCACACGAGUCAAUCGCUACAUCGGCCGGCUCAUCGAAGCACGGCAGACCGAGUCUGGGACAUCGGAUCUGAACCACUUCACCCUGUUUUACAGUAGCAGAGACAGGGAGCGCAGGUAUCACCAGGUGUAUGAUGACCAUUUCAUCAGUGCGGUGGUUCUCUCUCUGAUCCUGGGUGCCCUGUUUGGCCUUAUCUAUCUGCUAAUGAUCCCACAGGGGGUCUUGGUGUUGCUGCUGCUGGUGCUGUGUGUGUGUUUCCACGUGGCCUGUGUGAUGUACCUACAUCUCACCAGAGUUCAGUGCCAACCAGGCUGUCUGACCAUCCAGAUUCGAACAGUCCUCUGCAUCUUCUUGGUUCUGCUCACCUACUCUGUUACUCAGGCUUGUGUGGCGGGAUGUGUACCGUGGGGUAAAGUUGAGACAAACUCUACCCAUUUCGUGGAGGACAUUGCUGCGGACGCCCUCGGGGUCGGACCUGCCAACAGCACCGGAGUGGACAAGACUGGUCCCAGCAUGGCGUAUGCCCUGCUGUCCUGUGUGGCUGGGACUCUCACUGUGGUCCCUUACCUCCGCGUUUCAUCGCUACCUAAGCUCCUCCUCCUCCUCCUGCUCUCUGUUACCUACACGGCGGUUAUGGAAAGCAGCGGCUACCGCCAGGCUGUGGGUGGUGGCUUUCUGCACACCCGAGGCUACGAUCCCGUGUUGGCUGUUCUGCUGUUUUCUGGAGCUCUGGCUCUUCACUCCAGGCAGCUGGAUCUGAAGCUGCGGCUCGACUAUCUUUGGGCAACUCAGGCAGAGGAGGAGCGGGAUGACAUGGAGAAGGUGAAGCUGGAUAAUAAGAGGAUCCUGUUCAACCUGCUGCCGGCUCACGUGGCUCAGCACUUCCUAAUGUCAAACCCCAGGAACAUGGAUCUUUACUAUCAGUCCUACGCUCAAGUUGGUGUUCUGUUUGCCUCUAUUGCCAACUUCAAUGACUUCUACAUCGAGCUGGAUGGGAACAACAUGGGAGUCGAGUGUUUGAGGCUGCUCAAUGAGAUCAUUGCGGACUUCGACGAGCUCAUGGACAAAGAGUGCUACAGGGAUAUUGAGAAAAUCAAGACUAUUGGCAGCACGUACAUGGCUGCCGUGGGGCUGGUUCCUACGACUGCUUCCAAGACUAAAAAGUCCAUCACCUCACACUUAUGCACAGUGUCAGACUUUGCCAUUGAGAUGUUUGAUGUUCUGGAUGCCAUCAACUACCAGUCCUACAAUGACUUUGUCCUGAGAGUAGGAAUCAACGUUGGCCCUGUAGUGGCAGGAGUUAUUGGAGCCCGCAGGCCUCAGUACGACAUCUGGGGAAACACAGUCAACGUAGCCAGCAGGAUGGACAGUACGGGAGUCCAAGGAAAAAUACAGGUGACAGAGGACGUCUACCGCCUCAUUACCGACUACUACAACUUUGUGUGUCGUGGUCAGGUCAGUGUGAAGGGCAAGGGCCAGAUGCUUACAUACUUUUUGGAGGGCCGCAGGAAAGGGAGCAGGCCCUCUCAGAGCCAGCAGCUGCAGCACACUAACAGCGAGCGCCGGUCGAGCGCCUUCACCCAUGGCAGUGUUUGCACCAGGCUAAGCCCCGCACCCACAGUGACCAGCUACUCCAACAUCAGGACCCCGAGCCCGGGCGUGCCCAAACCAACCACCUCCACCAGCACCACCAGAUACCUGCCAUCUGCUUCUGCAGCAAUGGUGUGAUGCAUGCACUCCCGAAGAGAAUUUGGGAAACAAAAAAACAAAAAAAGAAGAAGAAGAAUGGAGGUGGAUUAAAGAAUCGCUGUAGCAGAGAAAAGCUCGUCUCCGCUCUCUGUUGUUGUGUUUCUGGAGCACAGGAAGGCAAUGAUGCUGAUUCUUCAGCAGGAGGCCUGGACUCAAGUCUGGUUUUUCUGUGGGACGGUCUGACGCCUCGAUUGGACUCUCCCUUCCCCGUUCAAGCAGGUUGUCUCAAUCAGGAUGUGGGUGGGAUGCUUUAGCCACGUUGCUUCAUCAUCAACCCAAGGCCAAGGAAGUCUCUGGGAUCUGCCAAAACCUUUUUCCACAACUGACGGUGUAGCAUGCAAGCCUCUCACAACAACCAACACCUGGGAAUUCCUUUAAACUGACCAUUUUAUUGGAGUGUAGAUAAGACAUCAGUGCUGUUGCCUUAGCAGCCAGUCCUCACAAAUGUCUAUGGCUCGUUUUUUUUGUUGCCUUUUAGUUGAUUUCUGGAUUUUUGGAGCUGAGUGAAGAUGAAUUGUUAACAGAGUUAUUGCUGUCAGAGUAUUUUUAAAGCCAAAUGUUUGAUCAGUGCAGGCAGGUAAUGGAAUAAUCUUGCCAAAAAAAAAAAAAAAAAAAAAAAAAAAAAAAAAAA